AUGGGAGACCCUUCCACCAGCAGCAGCACCAUUGCCCGCCACCGACCACCGUCGCUAAAGAGAAGUGAAGUGCCACCAUGGGUUUUUAUUAUGAUCAACAUUGCAUAUGAAGAGUGCACCAUUCAUUCCAACGCCAAGGACAAUAAUAAAUUCGAUCGAUUCUGCAUUGAUUGUCUUGGGUCCUUUUGUAGUAAAUGUAGCUCCAAUCACCAUGGACAUAAUUACAUCAAGAUUCGUAGGUACGUGUAUUGUGAGGUCAUCAGUCGACCAGAUUUUCAGAAACACUUUGAUUGUUCAGGCAUUCAGGGUUACAUAUCAAACAGCAACAAAGUGCUAUUCUUGAAGAAAAGGAAGCCACAGCAGCAACGACUAGCAGAACAGCAAAACUCGAGGGAUCAUAGAUGUAUUGUUUGCAAAUUAAGUUUAACAGAUUCCUCUUAUUGCAGCAUCCAAUGCAAGGUUUCUGCAAUGUCCCCAGAACUGGCUACAGUUGAUAAUAAUGUAAGCAUUAAUGAAGGUGAAAGAGACCCUGCAUUAAUAACUUCCAAGAGAAAGAGAUUGCGGAAAGGGAUUCCACAGAGGGCACCACUCUCCUGA